AUGGAUCCAGCCAUCUCCAUAAAACAAGAGGCACCCUCAUUGAUUCACGAACCCGCGGCUCCGUCUGCACCUCCAGCACCUCCAGCACCUACUGAAGUAGCCGAGAACGUCAUUCAGCCACUCUCUGCUGCUCCAGUGGCCGAGGAACCAAAGGAAAACCACCAGACUCGUCUGAAAGCGAAGUCUGAACAACUCACGGCACUGCAAUUGAAGCAGAAAGCAGCCAAUGUAGUGUUGCAUCUGCGUUUGAAACCCACCUUGUUCCAAUCGGACCUUAUUGACCUAGAACCAUCGGCGACACUGCUGUACACUGUCAAAGAGCAGAACUUUUACGUGUACGACGACUUACCACUCAACAGAAGAGGCUACAAGUAUAAACCUUGUCGAGCCAAUGGUCAAUUCACGUCCAAUUUAUACCUGACGGGCGAUUAUGCACCAUACACCGUUAGGGCAGACUAUUUCGACCGAUCUCCAGGCGUGGCUUGCAGUGAAGAUAUGUCUGCCGUGACUACGCAACAUGGGUGGCUCUCUGCCCGGAGCAAUAUCGGUAUUCGUGAAGGAAAGCACUACUUUGAGUUCGAUAUCGUUAAUGCCAACAAUGAGUCUGACAAGAGUCAUGUGAGGGUUGGAAUAGCUCGUAAGGAAGCUGCACUAGAGGCUCCGGUAGGAUUCGAUGGCUACGGCUACGGAUUGCGUGACUUGACAGGCCAAAAGAUCACCUUGAGUCGGCCCAAACCGUUUAUGCCUGAAAGUAUGAACGGAUUUUCGUCAGGAGACACAAUCGGCAUGCUAGUAGAGCUUCCACCAUUGGAAGUUCAAAGAGCUCAAUGUGCGGAAUUUGCUCGAGAAUUCCAAAAUUCAAGGAAGAAGAAGAGAAGAGGAGGACAUUUGGCCGCCGACGACGAAGAACGCAAGCUUAACCUCUACAGUAACGUUGUACGUGACCAAGUUCCUAUCAAGUAUAAGAACGGACUAUAUUUCGAGCAAUUUGAGUACACUACUACCAAGCAGAUGGACCAUCUUCUCAAUCCUGUUACAGUGUUUGGCGAACGAGCAGUUUUGGAGAAGAACAACGAUACGAAACCUGCCAUUCCUACCAUUCCCAACUCCAAGAUCACGGUGUAUAAGAAUGGAGUAUGUGUGGGCACCAUGUUUGAGGAUUUGUAUCUGUUUCUUCCAUUGAACGCCAACGAAGAUGCCUCUGCAGCAGAUGCUAACACAAAGCAGCUGCUGAAUCCGUCCUACAGAAACACUGACGAUGGGUCGCUAGGCUACUAUCCCAUGAUGUCAGUCUAUCUGAGCGGAAUCGUCAAGCUCAACGCCGGCCCUGCCUUCAAAUAUGACAUUCCUUCAGGUGCGCUGCCAUUGAGCGAGAAUUACGCUGUGAAAAUCGCCGAGGACGUGUACUGGGAUAUCCUCGAUGAGGUGGAGGCACAAUAUUUAGACAGCUUUGAAUAG